UCCUCCCCCUGUACCCUGCCUCCCACCCUCUUCCCCUGUAUGCGGAGACUCUUUCUGUCUAGGUCCUCUCCCCCUUGCUGGCUUUUCCAACCCCCCCUGAGCCAGCUGUACCUCUGGAGCUAACCCCUCACCUGUCUUCUCCCCUCUCCUCCCCUACCUGGCUGACCGUCCAAGCAGGACCGAGCGGCCGUGUCUGCUGUUCCAGAGCUCCCUCAGCGGUCGCAGAAACGUUGUGGGCCCGUACUGUACCUCACACUGUACCUCGUCCCCCACGCAGAAGAACCCGGGCUCAGCCAGCAUGGAGCUGCAGAAGGUGUCCAAUGGACAUGAAUAUGAAACAUUGGACAAAGGAAUACAACCAGAGGAGGAGGCCUUCCUUCCAGAGAAGAGCGAUGGCUUUAAGAAACAGCAGUUUACCGACUUUGAAGGCAAAACGUCGUUCGGCAUGUCCGCCUUCAACCUGAGUAAUGCCAUCAUGGGCAGCGGGAUCCUGGGCCUGUCCUACGCCAUGUCCAACACCGGCAUCGUCCUCUUCCCGAUCCUUCUGACGGCCAUCGCCUGCCUGUCCAGCUACUCCGUCCACCUCCUCCUGCAGAGUGCGGGUGUAGUGGGUAUUCGGGCCUACGAGCAACUUGGUCUUCGUGCCUUCGGGCAAGUGGGGAAAAUAAUUGCGGCUGUCAUCAUAACCCUGCACAACAUCGGAGCUAUGUCCAGUUACCUUUUCAUCGUGAAGUUUGAACUUCCCCUGGUCAUCCAGGCAUUCCUUGGACAGACAUCGAGCUCUGAGGAAUGGUACAUGAACGGGAACUACCUGAUUGUCAUCGUCAGUGUGUUAAUCAUCCUCCCGCUGGCGUUGAUGAAACACCUCGGUUACCUGGGUUACACCAGUGGAUUCUCCCUCACCUGUAUGGUCUUCUUCCUCUCCUCGGUCAUCUACAAGAGGUUUAACAUCCCCUGCCCGCUGGAAGCUUUCGGUAACUUCUCCGCCAACGCCACCCUCCCUGAGGACACCUGCACCGCCAAGCUGUUCGCCGUCAACAGAGAGACGGCGUAUGCCAUUCCCAUCUUGGCGUUUGCCUUCGUGUGCCACCCUGAGGUGCUGCCCAUUUACACCGAGCUACGCAACCCUACCAAGAGGAGGAUGCAGGGGAUCGCCAACGUGUCCAUCCUGGGCAUGUUUGUGAUGUACCUCCUCACUGCCAUCUUCGGUUACCUCACCUUCUACGUCAACACGGAGUCGGAGCUCCUCCACACCUACAGUAAGGUGGACCCUCUGGACACGCUGAUCCUGUGUGUGCGAGUGGCCGUCCUGGUGGCAGUCACCCUGACGGUGCCCGUGGUGCUGUUCCCUAUCCGACGGGCCCUGCUCCAGCUGCUGUUCCCUGAGAAGCCGUUCCACUGGGUGCGUCACGUGGCCAUCGCCGUGUGUCUCCUCUUCUGCGUCAACCUGCUGGUCAUCCUGGUCCCCAACAUCCGCGACAUCUUCGGCAUCAUCGGAGCCACCACCGCCCCCUGUCUGAUCUUCAUCCUCCCAGGGCUCUUCUACAUUCGCAUCGUGCCCAUAGAGCAGGAGCCCAUGUCGUCCAGACCAAAGAUCCAGGCUGCGUGCUUCACUGCGCUGGGCUUCGUCUUCAUGGUCAUGAGUCUGACGUUCAUCGGGAUCGACUGGAUGUCUGGGGAGAAGCGGAGCGCCGGCGGCCAUUAAACGGCCCCUCCCCGUGGGGAGUGGCCCGACACUACCAGCCAAUAGCAGGACAGCGCCCGUCGCCCUCCACCUGGAUGCAAUCUGCUGCCGUUUGAAGGCUAGCCCCACCGCGCUGGAGUUUAGAUUUGUUGUUAUAUUUUGGUAAGACAAUCCCCCCCCCCCCCAGCCACUUGUUUUUUCCUGAUUCAUUUAGUUGUCGCUGCUGAAGCCAGGGUUAGGGAGUCCAGGAGGCUCCCCCUGGUGUGGGGCGCGCUGCGGAUAAGAUGAGUUACUACCUCUACAUUGUACUAAGGAAUCACGGCCACGCUGCCUGCUAAAGACAUACCAAAGUAAGCUGGCUCCCUAGGCUAGAGUUAGGACAGAGGGAAGCACAGACAGUUAACGUUGGACGCUGUCUCCAAUGCAGAGGAGUUGGAUUCGGUUAAAAAACAAUUCAAACGAUUGCAGGGAGGAAUAUGCUCAAGAAGAAUUGAAGUUCAAAUUGCAUUUCGCAUUUGGUCAUUAUUAUGACUGUUACCAAAGGAGAACUAGUAUACUUUAUUUUAAGUUUAUAUAACUUUAAUUGGGGGCUCAUUGGUCCUUCAUUUUUUUUAUAUCAACAAUGAAAAGAAAAUCAUCAUGGUUUUUAUGAGUUUUUGUUAUAUAAUAUAACAUCGCUUGAAAACAGCAUAUGUCUAUUUUGAAUGUCGAUACGAUUUUAUCAUGUUAAAUUAAAUGUUAGGCCAUACAGCGAAAGCCUUCAAAUCCACUGGUCAAAUUUAGUGCCAAUAUGUGACGUAUAAAACUGUAUCAAACAGUAAAUUACUUUAAGCCUACAUCUCUACUUGUUUUGCACCGUGAUUAGGCAGAGCAUAAUAAACAACUUGUGAAACUCUGAUAAUUAAAGGAUAUACAGUGUUAAAAUGCUUAUUAAAUCAUUCUGUGUUCAGAAAUGGCUCAGGUGAGAGUAAACAGCUCCUCUAGAUAAACUAAUUAGCUCAUUGAAGGUAUCAUCAUACUUUUGAUGUCAACUAACAACACACUGUGUUUACUGGUGUGGAUCAGUAUUGGUGACAUAGAAAGGUCUAAUCCAUCCCUUCAUUGUUAAAAUGGUCAAUAUCACAGGAUUUGAUCACAGUGAAUAGUAGGGAUUUUCAGUUGAGUUCCCAUUUGUUUACAUCACAUGAAACUAUAAACUAUUAAACUAUUGUGUGCCAAACUAUUUUCUAUAAAGUAAUCCAAUGAAUUGUAGUUUCUUCAAAACUAGUUUCAGAAACGUUUUGUUUUGGAUAUUUGCUUCCUAUACAUGAUUUGCCUUGUAUGCAUGUGCUUGAAGACAUGUUGACACAUUUAGUCUGAUGUUCAUUGAAUGUAAACCGUGACCCGGCUGAUACAGGCUGCUAACUCAGUUGGAGGCGCUAAAGGAAUGCAGCAGGGAAAAGAGACUGAAGGUGGGCAGCUCUACCGUGCCGGGUCUUUCAUCACAUGGAGGGUUCCCAGGUCACCCCGAGAACCACAUUAUGAAGGGUGAAAACUUUACUAAAUGUUGAACCCUUUACGAAGGCGGGAAUAGCAUUAUGAAAGUCUGGCACCUUUUAUAAAGGGUUAAACCCUUUAUGAAAGGGUGAUUUCCUUUAUGAAGGGGUAAACCCUUUAUGAAGGAGUGAGUUCCAUUAUGAAAGGGUAAACCCUUUAUGAAGUGGUCAGUUCCAUUUUCAAGGGGUAAACCCUAUAUGACGAAGUGGAUUAAAAAGAAAAAGGGUUGCAUCAUUUAUAAAGGGCUGAAUGCCAAUCUAAGAAGGUUAACCUUUUAUAUAGGGUUGAAUUUCAUAUUAAAGGAGUAGGGGUGAAAAGCGUGAAAAGGGGAUGCCCUUUAUGAAGGGGAUAUACCUGUUGUGAACAGGAGUGAUUUUGACAUGAUUGUCUAUUGCUAAGAUUUAUAGCAUGGCAUGCAUAAUAUGUAUCAUUGACUUGGUGCUUCUUUUUCAUAAUAAAAUACAUUUAUGAGUAACAUGAA